CAGUUCCUGUGACGUACCAAAAGUCUAAAAUAUUGUCCUUCUCAGUAAUGGCGGCUUCGUUCCCUUCUCCUUCUGGAACAAACAACAAAUGGUACUUCACCCGAGAACAGAUCGAGAAUAGCCCGUCUCGUCGUGCGGGGCUUGAUCCAGACAAGGAAUUGUCCUACAGACAACAAGCCGCGAACCUUCUACAGGAUAUGGGACAGCGACUCAAUGUGUCCCAGCUAACAAUUAAUACUGCUAUUGUGUAUAUGCACCGAUUCUACAUGAUCCAGUCCUUCACCAGGUUCCACCGAAAUGUCAUAGCUCCAGCAACACUGUUCCUGGCUGCAAAGGUUGAGGAACAGCCCCGCAAGUUGGAGCAUGUUAUCAAGGUGACCCAUGCAUGCCUCAACCCUCAGGACCCUUCACCAGACGUCCGCAGUGAUGCUUACCUGCAACAAGCCCAAGACCUGGUCAUUCUUGAGAGCAUUAUACUCCAGACCCUGGCCUUUGAAAUCACCAUUGACCACCCACAUACUCAUGUUGUCAAGUGCACCCAGCUCGUCAGAGUUGUCCCAGCGAGUAAGGAUUUGGCCCAGACAUCAUACUUCAUGGCUACCAACAGCCUACACCUGACCACAUUCUGCCUGCAGUACAGCCCGCCCAUAGUGGCCUGCGUCUGCAUCCACCUGGCCUGCAAGUGGUCCAACUGGGAGAUCCCUGUCUCCACAGACGGCAAGCACUGGUGGGAGUAUGUGGACAAUACUGUCACCCUUGAGCUGCUGGACGAGCUCACUCACGACUUCCUGCAGAUCUUGGAGAAGACACCAAGCCGAUUAAAACGAAUUCGCAACUGGAAAGCGGCAGGUCAGACAGUGAAGGGAGGGAAGUCUAAGGUGCCAGAGGACGGGGACCAGACAGAUGGCAUGAUGAGCAUGAUCUCCAUGUCAUCGUCUGAGACCACGCUGGCCAGCCUCUCCAACCCUUCCUCUUCAUCUUCCUCCUCCAUGGCUCCCAUACUACUGGAGCUCAAGUCGACCCUGGGCAGUGGCUCUGACCAGCCCAACCACGUCGAGCUGCACGCCCCAGCCAAGGUGUCACUGAGUGAGUACCGGGCCAAGCACGCUGACGUCCUGGCUGCUCAGAAAAGGAAGCUGGAGAACAUGGAGGCCAGCGUGAAGAGGGAGUAUGCCUCGGCAGCCCAAGCUCUGAUAGGCCAACAGCAGAGGAAGGAGAAGUACCACCGUGACCAGCAGCAGUCCAGCUCCCACCAUUCCAGCUCAGCCUCCUCUGACCUCAGCAGCCCCUCGCCCAUCAUCCUCAAAAUCCCCCUUGAAAAGGAGAGGGGCGAGCGCAGCUCCCUGAAGAUGCGCCUCCCUCUGGGGACUGGGGGGCACAGUGGAGGAGGGAACAGAGGAGCAGGAGGAGAACAGGACAUCAAAGUGAGAAUCCGGGUGCCUGAGAAAGUACGCAGUGGAGGCUCGGGAGAGGAGGGGGGCAAGAGUAGAGAGGGCAAGCAUCGAGAACGCUCCAACCAUCACCACCAUCACCACCACCACCAUCAUUCAUCGUCGUCUUUGAGCGGUGCUUCCGUCUCUUCGUCCUCGUCACAUAAACACUCAGCCAGUGCUGCUGGAGCUGUAGGAGGAAGCAGCAGCAAAAAGGCCCCCAGUGACUCGUCUAGAAUGAGCUCCUCUUCCUCCGCGUCUCGAAAGAGGACACACUCCACAGAGUCCCAGGGAUCCCACCCCUCCAAAGUCUCUAAGUCCUCCAGGAACUCAGCCCACCAGCUGCCUGCUCUGUUAGCCGCCUCUGGUGCACACUCCCUAGGGGUGCAAACCACUGACAUCCUCCCCUCCCUGGGUCUCCCCUCCCUCCACCAGGGAAACUACUCUCACUCCAAGGGGGACAAGGCUGACACUAACGGACACAAUGCAGGCGGGGGCAGCCAGUCGAAUGAGUACCAGGACACGUUUGAGAUGCUGAACUCUUUACUGAGUGCUCAGGGGGUCCAGCCUGCCCAGCCUCCCAUGUUUGACUACCGGUCUCAGUACGGGGAGUACAGAUACAGCGCAGGGUCGAGGGGGGGCUCUCGACCUCCACCCCUGCCUGCUGAACCUCCACCUCCGCUACCCCCUCUACCUAAAUGAUCCCUGAUGAAGGGGUGAAUUACUGACAGUGUAUCUGUAGAAGCCUCCACAUCAUCCAUAAGACAUUUGCUCUGUGACUUUGGUUCCCUUUGUGUUUGAAUGAAUCAUGUUUUGUGGUUUUCAACUUGACAGCAAAGAAAUGUACUUCUAAUACAUACUUUCCAGUGGUGCAUGUAUAACAGUUUCUCCCUUGUUACAUCAUCAUAUCCAAUCUAUCUGUGGGGCAAUAACAGGAGGUGUGAAAGAAAAGCUUGCAAAAAAAUGAAACAAACAAAAUGAAUUUAUUUAUGAAAAAUGUAAAUACUAUUUUUGAUGUUAUUCAAUUUUGUAUUGUGAUAUGAACUCGAAUCCAAUUUCAUGGAAUGACUGGACCUUAUAUUUUAAACAUGGCUGUUUUUAAGUCAUUUUGAAUGCACGGUAGAAGAAACAAACUUGUCUGAUUCACUUCUUAAAUUGUGUAAGUCUUGCUAACAAUUAGUAUUUUUCAGAAUGUUUUUAAUAUACUAUUUAUUAUUAGUAUUGAAUGCAUUUAGAACAUUUCCUCAAUUUCUUUCCUUUUUUUUGCCAACUGCCUCCCUGGCCCUUUCUGCUGUGUCCUGUUGAAUUGAAGGAUAGUUGAGUGCUCCUUACACAGGUCUAUUUGAGAAUGCAUGUAUUCAAAGCCAUCGUUUUAAAUGUUUUUGGUCACUGAAUCAAAAAAGAAAUCUCAGUUUAGUAAAUUCUAGUUUUUUUUAUUUUAUGUAUCUGCAUUAUUUGGUUAUCACUUGUUUAUAUUAAUAAUGUAAAAUGACUGAAGUGGACAUAAAAUAUUUUUACAUUUAGUUAAAAGUUGCAAAAAAUACUUGAAAUUAAGAAAACAUUUCAGUUUUUCAACUUGAUAUUAAUCUCCAGCACCACCCUAACAACAACUUGAAAAUGGUGCGUUUCUAUGUUUUGGAGUAAAAAAUACAGGAAGAGAAGUGUUUCCAAUGAAGUCAACCAAUUAGUAGGCAAUGCCUACUCAUAUUUGGUUCAAAUCAAAUGAUGCACAUCGACGUCAUUGGGAACACUUAUCUUCUAUCUUUUUUUUUACUACAAAACAUAAAUGUGCCAUUUUCACAUGUUGAUGUUGGGGUGGUGAUGGAGAUGACAAAUAUUUUUUUACAUUUCCCUUAAGGAUUGUAUUUUAGUUUCUAGAUUUUAAUGUGUUGCAGUCAUUGUUUUAAAUGGUUGUAAAAUGUUUGUCAUAAUACUCAAAUAAUUACACUAACGUACAGUGUUUAUACUACAGUACUUAUCUACAUAUUCAUACACAUUUUGAUAAUGGACUGAUUUUGUCUUUUAGUGUUUUGAACAGAAUUCAUACUGUUGCUUCAACUACUGUUUUAACAAUAACUGAUGUCUUCACUCAUACAUUUGGAAUGCAACUGAAAUUCUCUUUUGAGAUUUUGGUAAGGUGCAUAAUCUUUUGUCAAUAUUAUUUCUGGUUUCAUGGCACACCAUAGGGUUGCUUGUGGUGAUCACACAUACUCAACUGAGGGACUUUAGAGGUUUUAAGGUAAGAAAACCUCUGGUACCACUGUGUCAACCAUCACUGUCAACAUUUCAUUUCAGUGUGAAGGACCUGUUCCAUUAAGAUAAUCUUCCCCUUCGUUUCCCAGAUUUGCUGUUUGUCAUGCUUAUUGGUCAAACUGGUAUAGUCUCUCUCAUUAAAUCAUGUUUAAAAUUG